AGUAACUUCCCAUGUUUUGUGAGAAGUGAAAAUUCCCAUGAAUUGUGACUUCCCCAAUUUUUGCUUUUUAAUGUUAACCAAACAACAUACCUAAAAGGAAAUUCAUGGAAAUUUUAAAUGCCCAUGAAAACUAAAGGCAACCAAACAACACCUCAAACUGAUCUAUAUUUCGGUACUUGAUUCUAACUACUUGCUCCGGACCCAAAAAAAUAAACCGUAUGACUUGAACCAUGAUUUACAAGUAAUAUUGUUUGAUUUUUGACCUUUGAUUUUUAAUAGGCUUUGAAUUUUAUUUUUUAUUUUGUAUAUUUUUUUUAUGACUAAGAGCAUGCUGAUUUAUAUAAUUUAAGGAAACUAAAUAGCUGUCACUCUGUAUGUCAAUUUCCUAAUAGUGCAUAAUCUAUAUAGUCAAUGAUCAAAUUAUCCAUUAAGAUUUGCUUAUUAAAUUUGGAAAUGUGACAACUGCAUAUCUCCUUGAUUGUUCUGAUCAAGUUGAUUUUCAUUAUCCAGCCAAUCCUCUUUGACUAAACCAAUCUUUGAACACAAAAUAGUCAACGUUUGACUUUUUAAAGCUUACCAAAACACACUCACCAGUAUUGCAUGUAGUUACGUAAACACCAACUCCAUUUCAUCAACGUACUACUACAAUUUUAGUCAUAGCAAUUUUAUUUUGAAAGGGGAGUAUUUAUAAGUUAGCAAAAUCCUGAACAUUUUACCACAAAAAAAAAAAAGCCUGUCUUCUCUGCUCAGGUUUCGACCUUAUUGCCAUGGAAAUGCAUAUUUUAAAAUCCAUGAUUGCCAAGUAUUCCAUUGUAUCAUGGUUAAUCCUAGGCUUUACUGCAUUAACCUCCACUGCUCGAUUUCUCGAUGAACAAACUGAUUGGGAAGCUAUGCAUCCUCAAGGGGCCCCUGCCCCAACCCUGUUCCAAACACAGACCUUGCUUUUACCUUUUUCAUGCAUGACAUACUUGGAGGAUAUAACCCCAUAGCUAAAGCCAUCACCGGUAUAGUUAACAACCCGCGACUAAGUGGCCAGCUCCCCUUCGCUAAACCUUAUGGCGCAGUCCUCCCUAUUAAUAGUGGAGUCAAAGUAGAUAAUGCUGGCGGUUUCCCCUUCCUCACAAGCUUGAGUGGCACCACUUCUAAUAUUUUCCAAAAUAAUGGCAUGAAUGGAGCACGUCUCCCAGUUGGUUCAACCAUAGAGAAGCUUAUGUUUGGGACUAUGACUGUGGUUGACGAUGAGCUUACUAUAGGGCCUGAGCUGAGCUCUGGUAGGGUUGGAAAGGCACAGGGUUUCUAUGUGUCAAGUUCUGUGGAUGGUAAAAGUCAAGUGAUGGCCCUCACUGCUAUGUUCGAGACUGGAGGUUAUGCUGAUACAAUCUGCUUCUUUGGGGUUCAUCUGUUGGGUGUAUCGGAAUCUCAGAUGGCGGUCAUGGGGGGAACUGGCAAGUUUGUCAAUGCUAAGGGGUAUGCCAUUAUCAAGACCUUGCCACCCUCAAAAAAUCAGGUUCAGACUGAUGGGGUGGAGACUGUGGUCCAAUUCACUGUCUAUGUUACCUAUUAAAUUCUUUUUUCAUUCUUUUUCUUGUUUUACCUCCUUUCUUUGAUUUGGAGAAGCUACAAGAUUAUUUUUUUACCGUGAUUUGCAUAAUCACAAUUAGAACCCUUGAUUGUUUUGUUAGUGAUAGUGUUCACAGUUUACUACAUACCUUUAAGGCUUGGUAUAAGAUUAUUAUCUUACUAUUUACUCGCUUUCGACCAGCUUUGUUUUUGUUUAG